GCACCAAAACGAAGAUGCCACAUUUAACGCAGUAUUUGAUAUGGGAGAGAUUUAGAAAGCAUGUGAAUCGUAUGGUCUAUCUUUUGCACAUCGGAUAACAUGUCUACCAGGAAUGAAAACAGUGCGAUUAUCGGGAUCAAGAGUAAAAUCCUAUUGCACCAUAAAGGAGGAGACAAAACAGUCAUAUAAAGCACGUAUUUUAAGCAACCCAAGCAUUAUACAAGAAGGACAAAAAAAACAAAUGAUGCUCUUUUUUCUGAAUUUCAAAUCUUAACAGAAGAAGUCAAGACACUUGAAUCUGCCCAUAAAAGAGGGCUAGAGUUGCUAAAAGAUAAUAAUUUCCAAAAGAAAACCAAGGAAUGCAAAUAAAAUUAGGGGGCAACAGAUGACAAGGAUCAGUUAUACCGGACAACUGAACAACAUAAAAAAUCGAGAUAUAGAUAUGAUAUAACGGUUAGCAAGAUCAGAAACGAACUCGCCGAAAAAAGACAACAGCUAUAUUUUCGACAGAUGACAAUUUGCUUCAAAUCAAAGCUCCAUAAUGUUAAAGAUGUCCCUCAAGAUACCAGAACCCCAAUUGGGAAAUGCGACAAAGGUGUGACUAAGACGGAGGACCGAACUGUUGUGAAUCCUGGUGACUUUAACUAUGAAGGCACUAAAGCUUUUCAACUAUUACAUCGCGUUAAGCAAGGACUCUAAGG